AUGGCGGAGGCGGGAAAAGAGUCCGCAGGCCUAGCGUUCCCGGGAGGAGGUGCGACCCAGUGGCCUCUGCAGCGCUAUGGCCGCUUCAUGCCCUCGGGUACCGGAGAGCCGUCUGGGCUUGGUCAGGACAUUGGGGCAGCGUCUUCCCCCACAUGGAAGGUUUUUGACUCCAGUGAAGAAUCUGGGUAUCUUGUUCUCACCAUCGUUAUAUCAGGUCAUUUCUUCAUUUCCCAAGGACAGACACUGCUGGAAGGGUUUUCACUCAUUGGUAGCAAGAACUGGUUGAAGAUUGUGAGACGCAUGGAUUGUCUGUUAUUUGGAACAACAAUAAAGAACAAGAGCCGGAUGUUCCGGGUGCAGUUUAGUGGAGGGUCCAAGGAGCAGGCGCUGGAACACUGCUGCAGCUGUGUGCAGAAGCUGGCCCAGUACGUGCCGGUGCAGGUGCCCGACCCAGUGGGCCAGGAGCUCCUGCCAAGUCCUGGCCCACUGACGGCGGGUGAAAGCCGGGGGGGCUUUGUGCGGCACGUCCCCCUGCAGCAGGGGCCACCCCAGAAGCCGGAGAAGCCGCAGCCAUGUGGACCGGCCAGCACGAGUGUUUCCGGAGGAAGGAUCUCAGUGAGUCGGUUAGCUCAGUCUCUCCUGAUGUCAGGGGAGCGGCUCCAGGUCUGCGAACAAUCUGCGUGGGACGCGGAAGAGUUAGGCCCCUUUCUACGCUUGUGCCUCAUGGAUCAGAAUUUUCCCGCGUUUGUGGAAGAGGUGGAAAAGGAACUCAAAAAGCUGACAGGGUUGAGAAAUUAA